AUGCUGUUCUCUGAAGAAGAUGCGCCUCUACUUAAGGCGUGGAUAGUCAAGCGUAUUGAGGAUACCUCUGACGCCGACGCCGACGUCCUAGCCGAGUAUGUUAUCGCCCUUCUCAAGCACGAUGGCGACGCAGACGCGGUACGAAAACUAUGCGAACAGGAAAUUCCAGACUUUUUAAGCGAAGAUCCCAAAGCUUUCCUCGACGACGUCUUCCAAGCAAUCGCCUAUAGAUCCUACGUCCCAGGGGCUCCUCCAGCCCCAAAGAUCGGAGUUGAAGCAGUACAGCAACCUUUGGCUGACAGCACGUCGCCGAAUGGCUCAAGAAAGAGAGGUUUCUACGAUCGCGAAGAAUACGAUCCGCAAGAUGGAUACGAAAGUUUCAACCGCGAUGGGCGCGCGCAGAAGCAACCCCGUCGAGGUGGGCGAGUAGGCCGAGGCGACGACAUGAGGGGAGGACGGCCUGGCGCACCCACGUAUAAUCUUCCUCCGCGACCCGACAUGCCUUUCGAUCCGAAAGUCAUGGAGGCAUUUCUACAGAUGGGUUCCAUGGGGAUGCCAUACCCUGGCAUGCCAAACUUCCCGCAACAAGGCUUUGGUGGUGGUCGUGGUCAACCCCGGAGAAGAGGUCGAUGCCGUGAUUUUGACACCAAGGGUUUCUGUUCGCGUGGGAGCACAUGCCCAUACGACCAUGGCAACGAGUCGAUAUUCGUGCCCCCAGGUACCGACGCCGAGUACGAUCCAAGUGAUCCGUUUGCCAUGUUAGCAAACGCCCCAAAUAGCAUGAAUCCCUGGACUUUCCCAUCCGAUGGGGGCCGAGGCGGUCGAGGAGGUCGUCGGAACCGUGGCGCUAAGAAGGGCGGUUCGCGAGCUCCUUUCUCCGCUGAAGGGCCUAACUAUGACCGUACAAAGAGCACCAUCGUUGUCGAAAAUAUCCCAGAAGAAUCCUUCAGCGAGGAGCAAGUGCGGGCGUUCUUAUCACAAUUUGGCAAUAUCCAGGAGGUAUCAAUGCAGCCAUACAAGCACCUCGCGAUUGUUAAGUACGAUAAAUGGGGUUCGGCAAAUGCAGCAUAUCAGUCACCCAAAGUUAUAUUCGACAACAGGUUCGUCAAGGUAUUUUGGUACAAGGACAAGACCGACACACUACCAGCAUCGGCUCCUUUGCAAGGGGGCAAUUGGUCGGGCGACCACCCAAUGGCUGCAGAAGAUGACGAGGAUGAGCCAGAAAUAGAUAUGGAAGAGUUCCAGCGAAAGCAAGAAGAAGAACAAAAGAAGCACCAAGAGCGCGAGGCUCAGCGCGCCAGGAUAGAGCAAGAGCGCCAGGAGGUAGUCAAGAAGCAUCAAGAACUCCUCGCCCGCCACCGAGAGGAAAACGAGAAGCUACAGGCAAAGCUCGCCAGUCAGAGAGGCGAGGACGGCGAUGCCAAUUCGUCAGGUACAAGUAUGCUACGCGCGAAGCUUGCGGCCCUGGAACAAGAGGCAAAGAUGCUCGGUCUAGAUCCCGAUGCUGGGGAAGAAUCAAACUCAUCAUGGGCUCCUCGAGGUGGGUACCGAGGUCGAGGCAGCUUUCGCGCUCGUGGACGAGGAAGAGGAAGCUUCAGGGGUCGUGGAGGAGGAAACAUGCACGCAGCUUAUGCGCAAUACUCGAUUGACAACCGGCCCAAAAAGCUCGCCAUCACAGGUGUUGACUUUACAACACCUGAUAAAGAUGAGAUGCUACGCCAUUUCCUCCUAAACCUCGGCGAGUUUGAGUCUGUCGAUACAGCUCCUGAAACCACACACGUCUCUUUCCAAGACCGUAAAACAGCAGAGAAGUUCUACUAUAGUUUGAAUGGCAAGGAACUGCCUGGCGUUGAAGGACGUCUUGAGCUUGCGUGGGUGAAUACACCUCUGCCGCCUGUCAAGACCCUUGGCAAUGAUGACGCGCCCAGGCAUGGUGUAGAGGACGAUGCUAUAAUGGACUUCGAUGAUCAGCCUAGACGGGAAAAGAGCGCAGAACCACAGCGGGAAGAGAGGGCGGUAAAUAUGGAUUAUGAAGUGGCUGAGGAAGAUGUAUGGUGA